AUGUCAGAAGGACAACCGGAAUGGACGGCGGCGGCCUCAUCGGCCCUGCAGGCGGCCGUCGCGGAGGCCCGCCGCCACGCGAGUGGAUUUCUGGCCCCGGUCCAUCUCGCCGCCGUUCUCUUCGCCGACCCCAACGGUCUCCCCGCCCGCGUGCUGAACCGCGUGGGCGCCGGCACCGUCACUGAAGCCUUCGCCGCCCGUGUGGAGGCCCUGCCAGCGCAGAACCCAGCACCCACACAACCGCGGCCAAACACCGACAUGACACGCGUUCUCAACACUGCAGAGCAGGCACGCGUCUCGCUCGGCGACACACUACUCGCUGUCGAUCACCUCCUCCUCGCGCUCUACGAAUCACGGGAGGUGGAUGACAUCUUGAAGGCAGCUGGAGCCCCAAAGAAGACUGUGGAAAAGGCGCUCAUGGAACUCCGCAAGGGAAAAAAAAUUACGUCGGAGUUUCAGGACCAAAACUAUGACGCUUUGUCCAAGUAUGCAACAGACUUGUGCAAGCAGGCAGAGGAUGGUAAGCUUGAUCCGGUUAUUGGACGAGCUGAUGAAAUACUUCGUACAAUUCGUGUUCUUUCACGACGAACAAAAAAUAAUCCAGUUUUGAUUGGUGAGCCUGGUGUUGGUAAGACUGCCAUUGUGGAGGGUAUCGCACAACAAAUUGUUCGCGGUGAUGUACCAGAUACUCUUGCAUCUGCGCGUAUCUUUUCCCUCGACCUCGGCGCACUCGUCGCCGGUGCAAAGUACCGUGGAGAGUUUGAGGAGCGUCUCAAGAGUGUUUUGAAUGAGGUAAGGGAAAGUCAAGAGAGCAUUAUCCUCUUUAUUGACGAAAUCCAUCUCGUACUUGGAGCCGGAAAAACAGAUGGUGCAAUGGAUGCGGCCAACCUUUUAAAACCAAUGCUGGCUCGUGGUGAACUUCGUACAAUUGGCGCAACUACGCUUGAAGAAUACCGCAAGUAUGUGGAGAAAGACGCGGCGUUUGAGAGGCGAUUUAUGCCUGUGCAAGUGAAAGAACCCAGUGUGGAAGAAUGUAUCAGUAUUCUUCGAGGAUUAAAAGAACGGUAUGAGACACAUCAUGGUGUUCAAAUUACGGAUACUGCAGUUGUGGUUGCAGCACAAUUGGCUGACCGUUACAUCACAAGCCGUUUUAUGCCAGACAAAGCUAUUGAUCUCAUUGAUGAGGCAUGUGCAAACGUGCGUGUACAGUUGUCUUCUCGUCCAGAGGAAAUCGAUCAAUUGGAGCGCAAAAAGCGGCAAUUGGAGAUUGAGGCAAAAGCGCUUGAGCGGGAUAAGAAGGAAGAGGCGUCACGGGAACGACUUAAACUUGUCAAGGGUGAUAUUCAACGUGUGGAGGAACGUCUCCGACCCUUGGUGGAACGUUACAAUGAGGAACGCAAACGACUUGAUGAGUUAAAAGAAAUGCAAACUCGUCUUGAUGAAAAAAAGACAAAACUCGAACGUGCUGAACGUAUGGGGGACAUGGAGCUUGCAGCAGAUCUAAAAUACAAUGUUAUUCCUCUUAUUCAAGAUAAUAUUCGUUCCUUGAAAGAACAAAUUGAGCAACAGAAAGCAUCUAUGGUACAGGAGAAGGUGACAGAAGUGGAUGUUGCUGCAGUGGUUGCACGAUGGACAGGUAUUCCUGUUGCGAAACUAAGUCAGACAGACCGCGAACGACUGCUAAACCUUGCCGCUCACUUACACAAACGUGUAAUGGGACAGGAUGAAGCUGUGGAUCGUGUUUCUGAAGCUAUCCUACGUUCACGUGCAGGUCUAUCACGUCCACAUUCUCCAACCGGUUCUUUCCUUUUUCUCGGUCCAACUGGUGUUGGUAAAACAGAGUUGGCUAAGGCUGUUGCGGCAGAGCUUUUUGAUGAUGAGAAGCACAUGGUGCGUAUUGACAUGAGUGAAUACAUGGAACAGCAUGCUGUGGCACGGCUCAUUGGUGCGCCACCGGGUUACGUUGGUCACGACGAAGGUGGACAACUGACAGAACCCGUACGUCGUCGGCCUCACACAGUGGUACUCUUUGACGAGGUGGAGAAGGCGCACCCGACAGUGUACAAUGUACUAUUGCAGGUGCUCGAUGAUGGACGUCUGACUGAUUCACAAGGCCGUACAGUAGAUUUCAGUAAUACCAUUAUCAUUAUGACUUCUAACCUUGGAUCUGAACACCUCGUUAAUAUGGGUUCCUCCCCAACAGCGUAUGAACUUACGCGAGAUAAAGUUAUGCAUGUGGUAAAGAAUUACUUCCGGCCUGAAUUUAUUAAUCGUCUCGACGAUAUUAUCCUCUUCCGCAAGCUUGGCUUUGAAGAACUACAUGGUAUUAUUGACCUAAUCAUUAAUGAAGUGAAUGAACGACUAAAGUCCCAAAACUUAACUGUUGUGUUAAGUGAUGAGGCAAAGAGUUUCGUGUUGGAAAAUGCUUUUGAUGCAGAUAUGGGUGCUCGUCCUUUGCGACGUUGGGUACAGAAAAAUAUUAUCACUGAGGUAAGCCGCAUGAUCCUCUCAGAAAAACUUCCGCCAAACAGCACUGUAAGAGUGUCAGUCAACAAUCAGCAGAAGAAACUUAUGUUCGGCGUGAAGCGUGCAGCUCCCUCAGCAUAA